GAAAGAGCAGGGUUGGGCCUUGUCCGCCCAAUCAGCCCGCCACGCUAGCCUAGGUUUCUCGUCGUCCGUCUCCCAGAAACCAGAGCCCCUCCCACUCAAUCUCCCUCCCCAUCCGGCGGCGGCGCCCCAACCACGUCAACCACCGCCUGGCUCUGCCGACCAGCGUGCCCCCUCCCCACCUCCGCUGAAUCGGCGGCGAGCUUUCUGAAGCCAAUAUGCUGUUCUUCUCUUACUUCAAGGAGCUCGUCGGGAAGGAGGUUACAGUCGAGCUCAAGAACGACCUGGCCAUCCGCGGCACGCUACACUCCGUGGAUCAGUACCUCAACAUCAAGCUCGAGAACACUCGGGUCGUCGACCAGGACAAGUAUCCCCACAUGCUAUCAGUGCGGAACUGCUUCAUCCGGGGAUCUGUGGUGCGCUAUGUGUUGCUUCCUCAGGACGGGGUUGACAUCGACAUCCUCCAUGAUGCCACCAGGAGGGAGGCCCGGGGCGGCUGAUUGAUAGUAGUUUAUUCUCUUUCUCGGCCGUGAGAUAAUUCUAAUCUGAUUUGUGGAACUGGAACAUGUAUGGACUGACAUGGGCGCUUGCAGUGCAAACUAUCCAAGGUUACAUAUGUCAUGUGUUAUUAGCAAAAGAGCAACAACCAAACAUAGACAUGCUAUACUGGUGUUGCUGUGAAUUUCGAUUGACGUCAAUCACGUCAUUGGAUCA